AUGUCAGUUCAAAAUGAGGAAGUUGAAGCCCCAGAGAUACCGGAAACACCGGAUUAUCGCAGAGUAGCAAUUCCACCCAACAGAAGGACAUAUCUUAAAAACAAUUUUCCACAAAUAACAGAGCCAAUUAUCAAAUACUUAAAACUUGAUCUUAGAUACAAUAGUAGAAAAGGAUGUGUUGAGUUAAGAACAAAUGCACUCACAUCAAAUCCAAAUGCUAUGACAAAAGCUAUAGAUUUUCUUACAGCUAUUAAUGCCGGUUUCGAAAUCGCAGAUGCACUCGCUUUAGUUCGUUUAGAAGAUAUAUUUAUGGAUGUUUUCGAUGUUACAGAUAUCAAACUCAUUGAAGGAGAUAAUCUUUCACGUGCUGUUGGCCGUAUCGCAGGAAAAGGUGGCCAAAUUAAGUUCACAAUUGAAAAUGCUACACAUACACGUAUAUCUUUAACUGGUACAAAGGUUCAUAUUCUCGGUUCUGUCAAUAAUGUUAAAAUGGCACGCCGUGUGAUCUGUGAUCUUGUUAUGGGCUCACCAGCUAAUAAGAUUUACUCUAAACUUCGUAACUUCCAGGCUUGGCAAAAGCGCCAGGGCUAA